CAUCGACAUCGAAAUUAAGACUUUACUGCGUUCAACGCAAUGUCGAUCAAUUCUGUCAAGAUAAGCCUUUAUCAAAUCAUCCAAUAAGCAAGCCACACUUGGGAUCAAUUCUUUGUACUGCUAGAGUUCCUCCACAGAAAUAUAAUAAUUCUCAAAAUGAAGAUCAUUAG